GAGAGAAGAUUCAAAGGAAAAAGAGAAGAUGCAAUAGAGCAAGCAAAGCAUCUCAUGUUUACUUCAUCAUGGACUCAAUUACCCAUCAUCCAGUGAGAUUACUUCUUUAUCACAGCUAGAGAAGCCAUGGAGCAAAAAACAUCUGUUGUGGCUUCUAUACUCAAUGCAACUACUUUGGUCGUGGUUGUUGCAUUAGCUCUUAUCCAAGGAGUGCAAGGGAUUGGAAUUGGAAUUGGUGUUAAUUAUGGCACAGUGGCAAACAACCUUCCUCCACCUGCUGAGGUUGCAAAAUUUCUAUCAAAAUCCACCACAAUCAAUAGGGUGAGACUCUUUGAUGCCAACCCAGAAAUUCUACAUGCCUUUGCUGACACUGGAAUAGAGGUAACCAUAACAGUCGCCAACGACCAAAUCCCACACAUCACUAACAUAACCUAUGCUCAACAAUGGGUCAAAACCAAUGUUCAACCUUUCAUCCCAAAGACCAAACUAAUCAGAAUCCUUGUGGGCAACGAAGUGUUAUCCACUGCCAACAAGCUUCUAAUAAGCAACCUUGUCCCUGCCAUGCAAACCCUUCACACAGCCCUCAUGGAAGCAUCAUUAGACAAUAGCAUUAAAGUGUCCACACCACACUCUUUAGGCAUUUUGUCAAACUCAAGUCCACCCUCUAGUGCCAAGUUUAGGCAAGGUUAUGACACACAUGUGCUUAAACCAAUGCUUAAUUUUCUUAGAGAUUCCAAUGCACCCUUUAUGGUUAAUCCAUACCCUUUUUUUGGAUGCUCUUCCAGCACACUUGAUUAUGCAAUUUUCAGAACCAAUUCUGGGGUCCUUGAUGAUGACACUAAGCUCCAAUACACAAACAUGUUGGAUGCACAACUUGAUGCUGUUUAUUCAGCAAUCAAGGUUUUGGGCUUUGAGGAUGUGGAGAUUGUUAUUGCUGAAACGGGCUGGCCUUCUGUGGGUGAUCCGGCCCAAUUCGGUGUUGACCCCAAGACUGCUUCUGAGUAUAAUGGAAAUCUCAUACGCCAUGUCACUUCUGGGGUUGGAACACCUCUCAUGCCAAACAGAACAUUUGAUACUUACAUUUUUGCUUUGUUUAAUGAAAAUUUAAAGCCUGGUCCAAUAUGUGAGAGGAACUUUGGGCUCUUCUGGCCCAAUAUGACUCCUGUUUAUGACAUCCCAAUAAUGAAGAACACUGUGGCUGUUGUUGCUAACAGUCAUUGUAAAUCAUUUUUGUCAAUCAUGGUUGUUUUAAGCUUGGUUUGUGCAUGGAUUUAAGUUUGGCAAUUGUUGUUUACACUUUUCCUUGAAGGAGAAAUUGUUACAUGAUCUUAAAUUAUGGUUCUAAUCAAUUUUUAUGUGACAAAUUAUAUGGGACAUCAAGAUUGAUCAGAAUCAUAAACUAUGUAAUAAUUUCUCUCCUUAUUUAAUUUUUUUUAAAAAUAUAUCUUGACUGUUGAUAUAGUUUUAAAAAAUCAGUUAGAGGAAUACAUUCCAACUAAUUGUCGAGGGGUGUUAUAAUUUAAUACAUUUCAAAAAUUAAGUUUUAAGUGUGCAUGAAAAAAUGUCACGUUGAAGAGAUUUGCAUGCAUUUGUGUUCCGGUGUUGGAAGACAUGUUUAUGGUGGCGUGCAUGGAGGACCCCAGUUUGAACGAACCGAACACUUGAGCUUUCGAAUUUCAAACUGCGGGUGUUGAAUUUGAUUGAUCUUUCUGAGGUACAUCUAUAACAGAUUGAACAAGUCAUUGGCUAUGCAAGCAUAGGUUAUGAUUUAUUCAGGACUUCCCCAAUCCCUUUCAAAUUAACGACACUACAAAGUCAUCUUACAAUCCACAGUAUAACAACACAAGGUAGAUUCUCCAAACACAAGUGUAAAGCGGCAGAGAAAUUAACAAGCGAUUUGUUGAAGCACAACUUUAAUUAGAAAUUUGCAUGUAACAUUCAAGAAAAGUAGAGGUUUCAACCAAUUUUUUUUACUCGGCAUGCCAAAGCGAUAGGAUUGCCAUACUUUUUGUUGGGGAGAGGAGGGAAUUAAUAUCCUAUGUUACAUAUAGAUAUAAGGGGCAACAUUCAUUCAUUAAUCUUAUUAAGAUUUCAUUUCCAAUUGUGCUAUGCCUUGUGUUGCUAGACAAGGUGUGAUGCAAUAGAAUCUAGUAAAUAUU